CUCAACGCCACCAAGAAGUGACCCUCGCUCGUUGUAUCCUUCCGACUGUAGCAACUCACUGCAAACAGCCAACGCUACGAACUUCUUUACACGCCCGUCGCUAAUCACCAUGAACAGUGGCUACACAGAGCCAUCGAAGGCUCGGAGCUCCAUCGCGAGUCCGUCGAGCAGCGCGUCGAGUAGUAGCGCAUCCAACGAACCCAUCAAAGCUGGGUACCUGAGCAAGUACAACCGUGGCAAGUGGAACGCCAAGCGCAAAUGGCGCCAGCGGUGGUUUGUGCUGGAGAACGGCGUGCUGAUGUUCUUCAAGUCGGCGCCGUCGGCCAAGAGCAAAAAAAGGGCCGUGCCGCGCGACGUGUUCGCCCUCGGCCCAUCGUCGAAGCUCAUGUUUCCAAAGGAUGAGCUCCCGUCCAUCACACCGAGUCCGUUUUGCUUUGCAGUGACAGCCUCCGGCAGUGCGAAACACAUCUUGCUCUGUGCCAGUUCCCAGCAAGAGUUCCGCGAAUGGACCGCCCUGAUCUCUGCGACGAUCAAUCCCGAGGCGCCGCCGGUCGUGCCGCCUACUCCCGUCUACGCCAUGGAACAACUGCAAGUAUACGACAACGUCAUGCCUCCAACGAGUCCUAUGUCACCGGCGAGGUCCACCUUGGAUUCUCCGACCGUCGCCAUCGGAGCGUGUUUGGUGCUGAACCCGUUCAUGGUCUUGCACUUCGACCUCCUCGUCACGGCCAUCGUGUUGCUCGCGGCACUUUGGUGCCUCUCGUUCCUCUUGACCCAUCGAUCUGUUACCUCAUCGCAGAUCAGCUCGUCCGUUCGAUAUCGAAUGCCACCAACGUUACCUAUCCAAACGCCGUCCUCGCUUCCUGAACCAGUGGUGGAGCCAACGCCAGAUGUAUGCCAUGUCAAGACACCCACGACCGUACACACUAGUGCAAGUCCUGUUGUGGGCUACGUGAAUGGCAAGAAAGCAUUCGCUGGGUGCUCGUUGACUGCUGUCUCCCCCGACGAAGCACAUCAUGCCACUGACAGCUGGACCCCCCUCGACGCGACUCUCUUCAACGUCCGCCGAGGACCCAACUACAAGAAGAACAAAAUCAAGGCGCCGUCCGGCCCAGCGUUUCUCGAAUUGGUGGCCACAGAUGUAUUUCGGUCGGAUUUGAAAGUGGACAACAUUGGGAGCAAGAUUCAACUGCCCAGUGACGUGGACGGCCGCACGGACUUGAUGAUUUUGAACACCCAAGUGCCUUGUUAUGCCCCUUCAAACCCCUUGGUACCAACCACCCUUUUUGUAUCUAUCGUGGGGUGCAAUGUAAUCAUCCAUUGCAGUGGGGAGAUCACAAAACGGAUGGCGUGGGGUUUAACUUUGUCAUGUACUUUGCCAUUCCCGAGGCCAUUCGCGCUCAAUUGGACGCAGCGGACGACCCGACCAACCCUCAACUACGGGUUCGUACAUUCAACAGAAAAGUGCAAUGUGACAACACGCCGGCGUCAUCAAAUCCCAACAACACGGAUAUAUUGAACACCUCACGGUCGACAUAUAGUUGUUGAAGUGGUUUUUCGAAGAAGACAGUGCCGUGCGCGACCGCCUCAAAGCCAUCGUGAGGGUGGCCAAUCCUGCCGAUCAAAAGCUGGGGCGAAUGGAGCGUACCCUCCUAGACACGUACAAUGGCCAGCCCCUUAUGACGCGGCCCGAGCACCGAUUCUACCGCGGCGACGGGUACUUUGAAGUGGACAUUGACGCACACCUGUUCAACUUCCUCGCGAGAAAGGGACUCACGGGCAUCACACAGCACUUUGGCAACAUGGUUGUCGACUUUGGCUUUGUCAUGGAAGGCCAAGAUGACGACGAGCUGCCGGAAAACGUGUUUGGAAGUGGCCGCAUGUGCCGCGUGGACGUGAACGCGGCGCACCACUUGUCGUUUCGCUAGCAAAAAUGACCCAAUUAUUACUUUAUUUUUCGUCA